CCUCAACCUCUUGCAGUGUGUUCGGCCAAUCCCAGUAACCAUCCUCAGCUUUUGGCUCUUGACACUGCGCCAAAAAUGCCAAACUCUACCUAAUGAUCCCAAUUCUCCAAAGGCUAUCAAAAUCAGUAACGUCCACAGCCCGGCUCUUUAAGCUCAUGGACCCGUCCAGCUCCUUCGGAGGCUCACAGCGACUUGUCGCCUUGGCCCAACAGCUCCGCCUCUACAAGCCGCCGCCUACCUUCGAGGACAUUGAGGAGCAGAGCCUCGAAGAAAGCGCUGGGAAAGUGGUUUCCCAAUUGGGUUUUGCGGAAUCGACUACCCCAAUUGCGCAAGACCCACAAAGGUUUAGACCCAAGAGAGCCGCUGUUUUGGUCUGUCUCUUUGAAGGAGAUGCUGGGGAUCUGCGCGUGAUUCUCACCAAGCGGUCUUCGAGGCUGUCCACUCACUCGGGUGAAGUUGCAUUGCCAGGUGGGAAAGCAGAUGAGGGGGAUAAGGAUGAUGGGGAGACUGCAACAAGGGAGGCUAAGGAGGAGAUUGGGUUGGAUCCUUCACUCGUCGAUGUUGUUACUGUACUUGAACCAUUCUUGUCUAAGCACCUCCUCAGAGUAGUACCUGUUAUUGGUAUACUUAAUGAAAAGAAUGCAUUCGAGCCUGCUCCAAAUCCUGGUGAAGUGGAAUCAAUAUUUGAUGCUCCAUUGGAAAUGUUUAUCAAGGAUGAAAAUCGGAGAGCAGAGGAGAGGGAGUGGAUGGGACACAAGUAUCUGAUUCAUUUCUUCGACUAUGAAACAGAGAAUAAGAAGUACCUGAUAUGGGGUUUAACUGCAGGGAUCUUGAUAAGGGCAGCAUCAGUCGUCCUCCAACGGCCUCCAGCUUUUUUGGAACAGAAUCCCAUUUUCAAGACCACAGGGGCAACUGGCAUCAAAUAUCAAACGGAUGUUGGCUGAGAGUAAAUUGUGAGAACAAACAAUUUGGCCCCCUUCACCUUUCUUCAGGACCAGAUCUCAAGCACAAAGAGCUUAUCCGGUCACUCAUCAACACAAAUGACAAGCAUAUCUGCACCAAGAACUUUUCCUUGUUGAUUGACAGGGAAGAGUAAUCAAGCUUCUAUUGUUAAUGCCAGUGUGUUGCUUCCCAGUGUUUUCUCGCUUUUGUUAUGACAACGAAAACUCAUACAAGAUGUUUUUUUCUUAUAAAGAAGAAAAAUUCGCUUCAAUCAAGGAUUUAAUUCUAAGGGUUACAGAAACCUGAAGUUGCUUGCCCUUUGAAACCCU